GCAAAAGCAGUUAUGGCAAAAGUUGGUUACCCUCAGUUUAUAAUGAAUGACACAUAUAUUAAUGAAGACAUCAAAACACUGAAGUUUACAGAAAGUGACUAUUUUGGCAAUGUGUUGCAAACUCGCAAAUAUGCAGCUCAAUCUGAUUUCUACUGGCUUAGAAAAGAAGUUCCAAAAACAGAGUGGUUUACAAGCCCAACUACUGUAAAUGCUUUUUAUAGUGCAUCUACCAACCAGAUCAGAUUCCCAGCAGGAGAACUGCAAAAGCCUUUCUUUUGGGGAACGGAGUAUCCUAGGUCAUUAAGCUAUGGUGCCAUAGGAGUAAUUGUUGGCCAUGAGUUCACUCAUGGAUUUGAUAGCAAUGGUCGUAAAUAUGACAAAAAUGGGAAUUUAGACCCGUGGUGGACAACUGACUCUGAAGAAAAAUUUAAAGAGAAAACAAAAUGCAUGAUUAAUCAAUACAGUAAUUACUACUGGAAGAGAGCUGGCUUACAUGUGAAAGGCAAGAGGACUUUGGCAGAAAACAUUGCAGAUAAUGGAGGUUUGCGAGAGGCUUUCAGGGCAUACAGGAAAUGGAUUACAGAAAAGAGGGGAGGAGAAGAAGAGCCUUUACUGCCAGGCCUUGACUUCACACACAACCAGCUUUUCUUUCUGAGUUAUGCCCAUGUAAGAUGCAACUCCUUUAGACCAGAAUCUGCAAGAGAACAAAUACAUGUUGGAGCUCACAGCCCUCCUCAGUUCAGGUAA